AAAAAAAUAUUAUUAUGAUGAUGGUGGCAUCGUCUGUGUUAUUGCCUUGGCGAUGAUGUCAUGCCGCUGUGUCCACCAAAGUGAAAGUGCCGUUGUUUCUGUGGCCGUUGCUGUUGCUGUUGCUGUCAGGCUCGUUCCGUCUCCUGACGGCACAUGAGUAAUCAUUUUGGGCCACUCUCUUGCCUACUCGAGAAAUACUUACAGCCAGCGCAAGUCUAACCUCGAACGGAUUACAAAUCACAAACAACUCGUCGACAGAAACCACACACGACACACUCACACACAAACCUAUAAUGGAUAUUUUCAUUUUAUUUUAUUGCCUGCUGCAAUUGGCAAGAAAUUCAGCUGCAGUUCUUGCAGUUGGGCAGCCAGAGAGCUACUCCACCGGGGGAGUGGGCGACAUCCUGUCGCAGUCCCUACUCACGCUAACGCCAUCGACGCCAUCAAUAACGCAUUUUGUAAAUGACUCCUUCAUCAUCUUCUGUAAAACAGUACAAAAGGAUGCUGACACCAAAUGGCGUGAUCCCAGGGGCCUGGCCCGUGAGAAUACCAAAGGACGCGUUCACAUCGAAAAGAAGACGGGUUCACUUGCUCUGGUUUUUGAACACAUCUCGUUGGAGGAUAAGGGUAACUGGACCUGCGAAGUCGAUUCGGCUGCAGUGCGAGAGGCUAAAAGGUCCUUUGAGCUGCUUGUAAAUCAGAAAAUCUCAUUUGGCAAGACGGAGCAGGUGCAAUCGGUGCGCGAGGGACGCGAUGCGAUGGUCAAUUGCUUUGUGAAGGGUCAGCCCAUGCCGGAAGUCUCUUGGAUGCUAAAUGGCGAACACAUAAACACUGUGAACUCGACGAAACACAGACGGCUGUCGGAUGGACUGUUCAUCAGGAAUGUGACUCAAUCAGAUGCCGGCGAGUAUACAUGUCGUGCCAUGCGAAUAACACCCACUUUUUCGGAUUCCGAUCAAAUAACGAUACUCCUACGGAUACAACACAAACCUCACUGGUUCUACAAUGAAACUCUCCCGCUUCAGUACGCCUAUGUGGGCGGCUCCGUCAAUCUUAGUUGCGAUGCGAUGGGAGAGCCGCCACCAUCAUUUACAUGGUUGCACAAUGGCAAAGGCAUUGUCGGUUUCAAUCAUCGCGUCUUCAUGGCCGACUAUGGGGCAACGUUGCAGCUGCACAUUCGCAAUGCCACCCAGUUUGGAGACUACAAAUGCAAGGUGGCUAAUCCGCUGGGCAUGCUCGAGCGUGUUAUUAAGCUGCGCGUGGGGGCAAAGCCAAUUGGACCAACCCGUUUCCAGCUUAAGCGUCUCUAUUCGGAUGCCUUCGAGCUGGACCUGCGUACGCCUCGAAUGUUCAACGUUUCCGAUGAGAUGCAAAUCUUUGGCUAUCGUGUUGCAUACAUGAGCGACACCGAUUUCAAGUACAGUGCUGGAAACUGGAGUCAUGCCAAGCAGCGCGACUUUUCCUUCCAUCGUGGACAUCGUUUCAUUAUACCGCAUCUGGAGGGUAAUACGACCUAUUUGAUGCGGGCUGCAUCUCGCAACUUGGCUGGACUUAGCGAGUGGAGUAACGUGAAGAUAUUUGCCACUGCUGGCUGCCCAAGUUGGAAGCCGCAUUCGUGGUGCUUCCACAUCCUGAUGCCGAUCAUUGGACUCGCUUUCAUUUGGCGUUAGGUUCUCAGAGUCAACUCUAGCCUUAGUUAGCUUUAUAUUUUUAAUAUUAUUGUUGCUAUUUGUGUGUACCUUGUUUUUAUGUAUAUCUUCUGUGAUAGAGGUUUUUGUGCAAUUUACUUAUCCAAAUAUGGAAAAUGCUUAACUAAGUUCACCCAUUGCCAAUUACGCUGCCAACAUUCUGUGUUUCGUAAUCAUCUAGUUUGGUUUCUUUUUGAAAAGCGACGUUUGAAGACAAACCAAUGGUAUAAAUACAUAUUAUAUAUAAGUACAUAUUCAUUGUCAACUCUACAUUAUACUAGUUGAAUGUAAUUAAAUCUUGACUCUACAUCAAUGUUGUUCAUGCAAAAUAAAUUAAUUUAUAGA